CUCCCGCCCCGCAGUCCGUCGCGGCCUCCAAAAUGUCCGCCGCAGUGCUCCCCCCCGUCGCCCCCGCCAGGGACUCCGGCGGCCACCAUGGCGCCCUCACCGCCGAUCGCGCCGCGUCGCUCCUCGCUGCCUGCUCGACCGCCCGCCGCGCCUCCGAGCUUCACGCGGCCAUGGUCCGCACGGGCCUCGACAGCGACCGGGCCGUCGCCUUCCGCCUGCAGCGCGCCUACGCCGCGUCCGGACGCCUCGGCCUCUCUCUCACCCUCCUCCACCGCACCCAGGACCCCACCGCCAUCUUCUACACCUCCGCCAUCCAUGCCCACUCCUCCCGCGGCCUCCACCUCGCCGCUCUCGCGCUCCUCUCCGACAUGCUGUCUGAGGGUCUCCUGCCCACCGCCCACACCCUCUCCGCAUCCCUCCCCGCUUGCCGCGGACUCGCCCUGGGGCGCGCCCUGCACGCGUACGCUUUCAAGCUGGCCCUCUCCGGCGACUCCUACGUCGCCACCGCGCUGCUCAGCAUGUACGCGCGGGCGGGGGACGCCGCCGCCGCUCGUGCUCUUUUCGACGAGAUGCCAGAUCCGCACGUCGUGUCUGUCACGGCGAUGCUCACCUGCUACGGGAACAUGGGGGCGCUGGACGACGCGCGCAGGCUGUUCGACGGGUUGCCCAGGAAGGACUUCAUCUGUUGGAACGCGAUGAUUGACGGCUACACGCAGCACGGGAAGCCUAAUGAGGCGCUCCAGUUGUUCCGGCAGAUGCUGAGCUCGAGUGCUGAGCCUGACGAGGUGACCGUUGUGCUGGUGCUGUCUGCGGUUGCGCAGCUUGGUACGGUGGAGUCAGGGAAGUGGCUUCAUUCCUAUGUCAAGAACAGUCGGCGUGUUCAACUCAAUGUCAGAGUGGGCACGGCACUCAUUGACAUGUACUGCAAGUGCGGAAGCUUGGAGGACGCCGUUGCCGUAUUCCACGGCAUUGGUGACAAAGAUAUUGUUGUGUGGAACGCCAUGAUCAAUGGUUAUGCAAUGCACGGAGAUAGCAGAAAGGCACUGGAGAUGUUUGUGCAAUUGCGGGAUCAGGGCCUGUGGCCGACAGAUAUCACCUUCAUUGGUUUGCUCAAUGCGUGCAGUCAUUCUGGGCUGGUUGAGGAGGGCCACAGGUUCUUCCAGUCGAUUGAGCAUGAGUACGGCAUUGAUCCCAAGAUCGAGCACUAUGGUUGCAUGGUGGACCUUCUGGGUCGUGCGGGGCUCAUAGAAGAAGCAUUCCAUCUUGUGCAGAGCAUGACAAUAACACCUGACGCUGUCAUGUGGGUGUCACUACUUGCUGCGUGCCGGCUUCACAAGAACAUGGCGUUAGGCCAGCGGAUUGCGGACUUCCUUGUCACCAAGGGGUUAGCCAACUCAGGGAUGUAUAUCCUCCUAUCCAACAUCUAUGCAGCUGUCGGUAAAUGGGAAGAAGUGGCGCGGGUGCGAUCGAUGAUGAAGGCUAGUGGCAUCCAGAAAGAGCCUGGGUGUAGUGCUAUUGAGAUAGAGCGCAAGGUAUAUGAGUUCGUUGCGGGGGAUAUGAGCCACCCCUGCACCGAUGAAAUAUAUGCUAUGUUGGACAAGAUGAAUGGCCUUGUGAAGGAGCAUGGACAUGUUCCGCAGACAGAGCUGGUUCUGCAUGACCUGGACGAGGCCACAAAGGAGAAGGCACUUGCGGUCCACAGCGAGAAGCUUGCCGUUGCAUUUGGACUGAUAAGCACGCAGCCUGGCGCGACGAUCAAGAUUGUCAAGAACCUACGGGCGUGCUCUGACUGCCAUGCAGUGCUGAAGCUGAUAUCCAAGAUCACUAACAGGAAGAUCGUGUUCAGAGACAGAAACAGAUUCCACCAUUUUGUCGACGGGUCCUGCACUUGUGGAGAUUACUGGUGAUGCCGUUAUAGCAUCUCAAACUUUAUGCACGGUAAAUAGGGCUACUAACAUGUCUGCUCUGGUGCUUCUCAACUGAUGUACGAUGUUCCUAUGUGUUAUGGAGUUAAUCUUAAAGAGAGAAAAAAUGGAGAAGACAAAUCGGUAGUUGAGAUACAAUGCUGAUGUGUGAACUGCGUUGGGAGCAGUCGAGAAUUUCAUUUUUCACACUCUUCAAAUUUACCCUUAUGACAAGUAUAAAUGUCACUUGUAACGAUGGGAAGAAUUUUGUAACGAAUCUUUAUCUUGUCUGUAUAUCAGCCAUCGUUUGUGUUA